GUUGAUUAUAUUAUCAAAUAAAUAUAUUUAUAGAUAAAUAAAAAUGAGAUUUUUAUUAUCAGUUGUAGUUUUAGUUCUCUCAGUUUUAGCUGUCGCUAAUGCUAGCUUCAGAAUGUGUUCCGCACAAAAGGAUUGUCCAGCCGACCAAUACUGUACUACUAAUAAUGGUGAUGGUUACUGUGUCAAUUGCUUAAACGAUAUAGAUUGUGGUUUAAAUGAAUAUUGCUCAACAAAUAUUUUCGAUUUCUCUAAAUAUGGUUCAUGUCAAAAAUUCGAUAAAAAUGGUGAUGACUGUAUCAAUUUACCAACAAACCUCAUUCAAGAUAUCAGAGUAAAUAAUGAUAGUAAAUGUGCUGUCACUUACUUCAACUAUGACGAAGGUGGUUAUCCAAACCAAUUAUCAAUCGACAAAAUGGGUUCCUGUAUUGAUGGUAAAUGUAGAAUUUGUAAUUAUGCUGGUGGUGCUUCAAUUAUUAGUCAAGGCAAAGGUAAACCACGUCAAUGUGUUUUCCCAGGUGUUUACGAAAGUGUUCACUCCAAAAAUUGGAACUCUGGUAGUUACUAUGAAGAUCCAUUAAGAGUUUGGUUAGCUAUCUUUUUCUGUUUAAUUGUCAUCCAAAUCGUCGUUGGUGUCUUUGGUAUGAUGAGAAAAUAAAAUAAAUAAACAUUUUAAAACUUAAAAAUAAAUUUUUUU